AUGUCCCCGUCACUGUUCGGAGUUUUCCUGCUGCUCCUAGUCCGCCUCACUCAUGUUGCUGGGUUUGCAGCUUGGCGUUUGUUUCUCGCAAGCCGAGAAGAGAGUCGUGGUGGUGGUGGUGGUGGUGGUGGCACUUCCUGCCGUUGGCUGAGCCGCCUCCAUGCGGACCAUACCUCAUGGGAACCACGGAACUUGGGAAAGGGCUUUGAAUCGCGAAAGAAAAAUAAGAUCGGUUCCUCGGCUGGCUGCCGUGGCUGCCUCACCAAAACAGCCGAGACUCGAUUAGUUCAUUCGGCAGCAUCUUGGGCCGAAGUUUUCCUUUGGUCUUUGUCUUUUCUCGGAUGGAAGUGGACCAAUGCCAGUGAGACACAGGGUCGCCAGGUCAUCGAAGCUGUCACAAGAAAACCUCGCAGACGUCCCGGCUCCCGCAGUAGAUCAUUGCCUACCGCUGUACCAGCGAGCGAAGGAAUUGCCAGCAAAGUUGGUAGCAACAAGCAACAAGCAACAAGCAACCAGCUCCCAACCCCGCUGCUGCGCUGCAUUGCUGCUGCCCAGCGCCAGGCCAGCUCGACAUGGGCAUUUGGAUUUUUAGCACCAGGGCCCGUCGGAUUGGCACCCUCUUGCUUUGAGACACUUGGGCCAGACCCGGCAUGGCGUCGUCCCAAAGCAGAAAAGCGGCAGAGCCGAAACAAGGGUGAUUCCAGCAGAAAGAAGAAGCCUCCAGCCAGCAGCGGCCAUGCGCCGUUGAUCGAUAUUUCCGAACCCAAAGCAAACAUGUUUGGAGGUUCGCGAAGGCACCGUCAGGCCAAUCAGCCAUUGACCGCCGCAACCGCAAACCCUAAUGCUGCUACUGCAGCUGCCUCAGCCUUUGCGCGACGCGCAUCUAGCUCAUCUCUUUCAUCUGCCGCCGCCGCCGCCGCUUUGCGAUCGCGACCUACGACACCCAUCAAUGUCGCCGAAGUACAAACAAAGCGAACGCAAAGACGCAGUCGAUCGGUCUCGUCGCAGCGAAGCCAGGAUUUUCAACGGGACCUGCACCGAUCGCCUAGCCAGAGCUCCAUGACCGAUCGCACCUUCCGCUCACCUUCACCACACCGAACACCAGUAGCUGCUGCCCACGAUGCGCCGCCGGUCCCGAAUAUCCCGGACGACGUGCGAUCCAUCACGAGCCAGAGCUCCUCCCACAAGAGGUCGACAAGUCUACAGAUGCAGCCGUUCCGCGUAGCGAGUCAGAAGAGACAAGAUGCCGCCGGAUCGUGGUUUGGGGCUGCACACGAGGGCAACUUGGCCAACGUGAGAACGUCGGAUGCCCAAAUGCGUGUCGCCUCUCCAGAGUCUCGCCCGGGAGCUGUAAGCCCAACUUCUUCUAUAAACUUUUCAUAUCCGAGGGUGCCAGGCGCGUCGCCCCCGGCAUCACCAACCGUCGAGAGCAUGUCAAUGACAAGUAGCCAGCGAUUUGUCUCACCCCGCCGAACAGAAUCGGCAGCGUCGCGCAACACUACGGCGUCGGAAACCCAAUCACUUAUUUAUGAUCCCAAUUCGAGGAGAAUGGUUCCUAGAGUGAACCUGUUGGUAAGCGAACAGAAAGUUCGGGAUGCUGCUGAGAAACCGGUCAAGAAGUCAAAACACCAGCAAGGAUUGUCCAGAAGUGGUUCCCACUUGGCCAAGGGUACGAUGGGUAGAGCGCAAGGCACUGCGGUAGCAGCUGAAGAGCCUUCGCCCUCGCCCUCGCCCACGCCUACACCGGCACCGGCACCGGCACAGAAGCAACAACCGCAAGUUCGGGUUCCUACUGGCGCACCUGAGCAACAAAAACGAUCUGAAGUUGAGGAGACCAUGCCGCCGAAGACUGUACCGGCGCACCAGCAACCGUCUCUAGCACCUGUCGUAACUACCAAACAGCCUUCUCAACGUGAACCUGGGCCGCCUCACGCGCAGCCGGCAACCCAACCAGAGGUAGAGGAGCCGUUUGUGCAGGAUGUACGUAAAAGUGAUGGUGCUACAAUUCUACCGCAAUCGGAACCUCGCCAAGGCGCUCCCAUAUUAGGACGAAAGCCUUCCAUGGUGAAGGAGGAAUCCGAGGACGACCUGGAGGACUCCUACGAGGCCGAAGUCGAGCAACCGGCAGUGCGCUACGAGGUUUCUGAUGUUCUUGAUGCGGUGCCUGUGAGGUCCUCAGCGCCCCCGAAGCAACCAACGCUGUCAUCCGAAAGCACAGCUGUCGAAGCUCCAGCACAGAUGUCGUCUCAAAGGCAACCCAGUCCUCCACAGCUUAAGCAGCACGGCAGUAUCAGGAACGGACGUGCGCACUCGAGCAGUCCUGCAAGGUCAGCCCGCUUUGCAUUAGGCGCAGAUCAAUUGGCCAUCAGGCACGAGCCUCCACCGCGAUCCGUCUCUCCUCGAAAGUCAGCUAUGAAACAUUCAGUUAGUCCAUCUCGUGGCGCCUCACCGUCAGAUGAGGGCUCUGAAGCGUCUGGGCCAAGCCGGUUUGGCAGCGAGGCCACCGCAGUGGAGGUGCCAAUGCCACGUAAAAAGAGUGUACGGGUCAGCUUUGACGAUGAGAACACCAAGGUCGUAGGACAAUCUGCUGCAAGGCCUGAGCUGGAUUCACCUCUUCCUUUGAGUCCUCAAAACACGAAGAGACAUUGGUACAACCACUUGGGUAGAAGUCGGAAGAAAGAUGCAGUUGCCCUCGAUGAAGACGAAGUUAUGCAGCCGCGACCGGCUUUGCCCACAUUCGGUAGUGUCCGUGAGAAGAUGCCGCGGGACAGUGAAGAGGAACGGCCACUCGUUCGGCCCACUGAAUCACCGACAACAUCUGGCCCAGAUACCCCGGAACGCACACCAGACCGGUCGAUCCCACUUGGCCCGUCCAACGAUCAUAAUGUUGGCUCAAUUCUCCAUCUUCAAGAGCAGACGGCUAGGAACCCUGCAAACAUAUCGAGAUUCAGAGAGCCAUUGCCGCCCGUUGUAACGUCGAUGGAAGGGAGCGGUUAUUAUUCGCCUAGCAGCACGAGUUCGGAAGACGAAGAUGAGACGGAAGUUUUCCAAGAUUCAGAGGUUAUUCAGGAGCCUGCGCCAACGUUGCCUCCUGCCCAAGUCAAGGAGGAGAUCAUUGCCGACCACCCUGAAUUGCUCGACCAGUCGCAAUAUUCGACAGGUGCUAUCCACGAGAAUCACACUGAGCGGCAAGAAGACUUCGUCCCUUCCAUCUCCGUCAUCCAGCCGACACCCACUCCCAGAGAGGCAGCAACCAAUGAUCCGGCCAACCAGUCAGGUCCAAGUUACUUUGACGUUCCGGGAGGGUUUCCAAAUGACGAUAGCGAAGACAACGCCAUGCACGCCCGUGCCGUGCCUACCACAGAUGUGACGAAGCACGAACAGCCGGCAAUGAAUGCAGUGCCCAAUGGCACAGUCAAGGCCCCCGCGAAGGCUCUUCCUCACUCUGUUCCCACCGACGAAUCUGCGUCCGAAGGCGAUAGCAUCUACAGUGACGCAUACGAAGACCUAUCAGAUAUCGACGGAGAUGGUUUUAUGUCUCUCGACGCCGUCGUCGCAUCACCCGUCUCCGACAAGGUUUCUCAGAAGCUCUACCAAAGGGCUCUGGCAGACACCCAUCAGGAGACAGCUCGUGACACUGAUGUAUUGGGAGCGCACCACGCGCCUGACAUUUCUCAAUUGUCAGGUAGCUCGCAACAGCCAGAGGAUGAGUGGGAGAAGGCUAAGCUCUACUGGAAAGGAUUGACAAGCGACAAGCGAAAGCAACUUGAACAAGAGGCGUUGGAGGAAGCUGGGGCCGAAGGCGAUCUCGAAGAGGUUGUCCAGCCCGUGAAGCCCAAGAGGAAGAAGUCCGUUCGCAAGAGCGACCCAGUUGAACAACAGCAGGCCUCUAUCAACCCCGAGCGCGUUUACCAAAUCCAGCCUGGAACGAGAGCUCACGAUGAAGAAGACGAGGUAGAGCCUCCAAUCGCUAUUCGGAAGACUAUGCGAGGACGGCAGGGCCAAGAGGCCGCACCAGCUAAUGGCAGACUCCAAAAGACAAUGCGUGGUGCCCCGACUCAGCCGUCCGCCGCUACAAAUUCUAGCAUGCGAAAGUCGAUGCGAUCGGACAAUCAAGCUCCUCAAAGCUCUCAUCAAGCACAAGCUGCGGCUGCUGGAGGCAUGAGAAAGUCUAUGAGACAGAAUGGCUCAUCUCAACCAGGGCCUGCUCCCCAGCAACGAGCAAACUCGGCAUCACUGGCCAAUCGUGAUGUUCGCUCCAAGCACCUUUCUAUGGACAGCAACAUGUCAAGCGUGGAGAUGGCGAAGGCCAUGCAGGCAGCAAUGCAGUCGACACCUCGUCGACGCGGGUCCGAUUCCAGCGAAACCAGUUUCCGACGGUCUCGACCAAAGCAGGAAGGAUUUGGCUUCCGGAAAUCGAUGCGAUCUAACGGAGAGAUCGAGCAGGCCGCAGCCGGUAGGAACUCGCGCUUCAGCCUCCGGUCAAUGUCUCCACCUGCGUCGCCGUCUCAGCCACCGAUCAGUAUGGGUAAUCGUACAUCUAUGCGAGGCACGUUGCGAAGUGAUUCAAGCGACGGAAGCACGCGCCGCAUGCGCCUGCCGUCUUUCGGCAAGACAUCUUCUAAAAAGGUGACUGGAAAACCUGGAAAAAGCCGCUUUGGCGAUUCCAGCGAUGAAGAAGAUGCUGGGCCCUCUGGAUUCCGCAGCCGAUUUGUCGACUCUAGCGAUGAAGAUGGAAAGACAGCGCCUGCACCCGCGCCGCACAACAUGCCGAAGAGCAUGCGCGCAUCGAGCUCUGCUGCGGCGGCUGCAAUGAAGGUUCCUCCGCCACGGUACGACGAAAAGGCAGAAGAUUCCCCGGACCUGCCUGACAGCAGCGACGAGGAGGCGCCACGGCCGCCGGUUCUGCAAAAGCCCAAAUUAUCUCCGCGGAAGGUCUCUGGCGCUAGCGGUCGCCUGGUGAAGUCGCAAUCGGACGGCCACGAUUUGCCGUCUUCAGGAUCUCCUCGUGGAGGGCUCAUGGAGUCAUCCACGACUCCUGCUGUUAGCACCAGACCGAACCACGAACGCAGAGGCAGCUUCCUCUCUAUCCUUCGGCGCAGAAAGGAUUCUGAUGCCGGGAAGAUUUCUCGACCCGCCGCUGGCGAGAGCGGUGCCAGGAUGGACACCAAACUGGAGCGGAGCGCCUCAGAAAUCUCAGCUCUGCGUGGCACAAAUGGGUCGAAGCUCCAGAAGCUACCCAUGGAGAAUUGGCCGCUCGUCGAGGAGAACUUCGACGAUGAGAAGCGGCCGAUGACGGCUGAUAACAACAAACCCGUGGACGCGGCCAGGCCGACGUUUAUGAAGCGCCGUAGCACCAACCAGGUCCUUACCUCGGGGUAUCAAGAAGACCAAGAGAGCGUCCAGUUGGAUCCCUCAGGCAAGAAGAAGAAGAAGUUUGGCACGCUCAGGCGGAUGUUCAAGCUUGAUGAAUAG